AUGUGCAAACACGAAAUAAUCGGUGAUUACUACAGGGGCUGCGGGCACUUCCAUGGCAAAUACUACACAGGCGAAACCAUGGACUGCGGCUCGGACUGCUGUAAAAGCAGCAAUUCACACAAGCACAAAACAGCAAACAAAUGCACCUGUCCAGAGAUCAUCAUAGAGGACCGACGCAUUCAAAAUCUCUUUCAGACUCAUCAUGCUGAUUGUCAGCGCACUUCGCGCGGCUGA